GAGAAGGAAGAGCGAGCUCAUUCACUGAGUAGAUCCAGAGUAGAGCUGACCUUUACUUUAGACUCCUCAUUUUGAAUUUACUCCUCGUCUAUUCGAUCAAUAAAUACACCAACGAUGGAAACUCUGUCGAACGCUACUUUUGCUCACCGCAAGACGGAACUUGUCUGGGGCUUUCCUGCCGGCGCAUCAAUUAUGGACACGGUUCCAGAAGACAUGCUGGAAAUGAUUCACCCUCACUGGAAAAAGUUCCCUCCAGUGAACCCAAUGUGGCACUACCUAUUGGGGGUAGCCUACUUUUUCUUGGGUAUUACCUCUAUCACAGGAAACUCUUUGGUUCUCCAUCUGUUUUUGAAAACCAAGGAGUUGAAAACUCCUGCCAACAUGUUUGUCGUCAACUUGGCCGUCUCCGAUUUGGGCAUGAUGAUCACGCAGUUCCCCAUGUUUUUCUUCAACUGCUUUAGCGGAGGUGUCUGGAUCUUUGGCCCUUUCAUGUGUGAACUCUACGCCUGCACCGGAUCCAUCUUCGGUCUCUGCAGCAUCUGCACCAUGGCCGCCAUCAGCUACGAUCGCUACAACGUUAUUGUCCAUGGCAUGAAAGGCACCCCAAUGACUUAUGGCAGAGCUGCUUCUCUGAUUCUCUUUUGCUGGUUUUACGCUAUCGGCUGGAGCAUUCCUCCCUUCGCCGGAUGGGGCAAAUACAUUCCGGAAGGCAUUUUGGAUUCGUGCUCCUUUGAUUACCUGACCCGGGAUUCGGCGACUGUGUCGUACACUUGCUGCCUGUUCGUCUCCAACUAUUGCACGCCUCUUCUCAUCAUCACUUUCUGCUAUUAUCACAUCGUCAAGGCCAUCAUGCAUCACGAAGAAGCGCUGCGUGAGCAGGCCAAGAAGAUGAACGUCACUUCGCUCCGUUCCAAUGCCGACCAGAAUGCCCAGAGUGCCGAGAUCCGUGUCGCCAAAGUCGCCAUGAUGAACAUCACUUUGUGGAUCGGCAUGUGGACACCUUAUGCAGCCAUCGUUUUGCGAGGAGCUUUUGGCGACCAGGAUAAGAUCACGCCUUUGGUCACCAUCUUGCCAGCUCUAAUCUGCAAGUGUGCUUCGAUCGCCAAUCCAAUCAUCUACGCCAUUUCACAUCCCAAAUAUCGUGUGGCUCUGCAAAAGGAGAUUCCCUGGUUCUGCAUCAACGAGAAACCUUCGAAUACUAAAGGAGACACACAGUCGCAAGGAUCCGCUUGUACAACUUCAACUGACCAGGCCUAAAACGAUAAGCAAUCGAGAAUUAUUAGUUCGGAUACUUAAUUAUAUUCGCGCUCCAUCAAUCUUCUCCACGGUUUGACACUAUGCAAGAAAACUCAUUAAAAGGAAAUCUGAUUCAAGGCAAUAAUAAUAGCAUUUUUUUUUAUAAAUCCAGAAGUAGAAUGAAUUGUUUUUUAUUUAAACGGAAAUAUUAAUGAAUUUGUUAGAGUUGGCUCAGUGCUCUACUAUACAAAAGUUUGAUUGUCUGUACCUAUUAUAUACUGUAUAGUGUAUACCUCAUGGCAUUGUUCAUUGAUGUUCUUAUUUAAUAAGAUCAUUUUCUAGCUUUUCCUUCACAGCGUAAUCGAAGAAUGAAGACUACACCGAGCCAUCGAUUGUCUCUUUCUCAGAAAUAUGUUAAUUUCAACCAUAUUUUUUUGUAUGAUAUUCGACAGCUAAAGUUAAUUGUCAAGUUAGUCAUCGUCUUAUCGUCAUCACGAAUCAUCGAUCAACAUGCCAUACAUUUACAUACUCAUCGUAUUAUAACAACCCCGUACGUUAGACUUUAUUGAAAAUCGUUAAUACACUACCCAAGCAUGAACAAUA